GAAAAUUUCGUAUGGAAUCUACUCUCUUUCACUCUGGAACUUGGUAUGAAGGACCCGCUUCUGAUAUGACCGUUAAUGAGCCACAUGGAAGGCCCAUCCUCUGCAUGGAUGUCCUAGGUGACAAAGUGGUCACAGGGUCUUCAGACCAUGGCCUCAGAGAAUACAACAUUGGAUCAUGCAAACAAAUCCGACAACUCUAUACAAAGAAGUACGGCCACGGCGAAUGGGUCACGUCUGUGUCUUACGCUCCUGACGGCAGAGUCUUGAGCGGAGGCAUGGACGCUAAGCUCUGCUGUUGGGACAAAAGAAUUGUUCGGUGUGAUGAUUUGACAGGCCACAAAGGAUCGAUUUCUAAAGUUCUGGUCGAUGCAACCGGAACAGCCAUCUCAUGCUCCUAUGAUGGAUCCCUGCUUAUCUGGGACUUAUCUUCUAAGGAGUGUCUUCAAGGCCUUGUUAGAGGCCAUAAAGAUGCAGUCACUACCUUUGAAUGGCAAAACUCAUUGAUGGUCUCUGGAGCAAGAAAUGGGUCAUUGGCAAUCUGGGAUAUUAAUGUUGGAAAAGCUGUCACAAAGAUGCAGCCUCAUGAAGGAGCUGUAUCCAAGAUCAAGUUUUAUGAUGAUACAGAAGACACAAGUAUCAUUAUCAGUGGAGGUCUUAAUGAUGGAGCAAUCUGAAUUCAUGAUAUGAGAACCAACAAAUUGGUUGGAACCACACAACUUCAUUCAGGGGCUAUUAACAUGUUGGAGAUUACCUCUUCGAAUGGCAUCGUCACUGGGUCUGGAGACAAAACUAUGAAACUAAUUGACAUCCCAGGAGGCUACAAAUGUAUCGAAACCAUGAAGGCUACUGAUGCUGUUUUCUGUGGACAAGUUGUAAGCAAUUUGGCUUUUGCAGGUUGUGGAGAUGGAAGUCUUAUUGCUUACAAUAUUGACAAUGGAGAAUGUCUUUAUGGGUAUGGGUGAGAUAACCAAGGUGCUGUCCAGUGUCUACGAGUUCUGCCUAAUCAUUCAUGUAUCCUCGCAGGAGGAGACUCUGGUACUUUAAUCAAGUUGAACUUUGAUGCUGAAAGGUUUUAG